AUGUUACUUCCUGUAUGGAGGCAUGGCCAGUUUCCAGCCCCGCGCUCUCCGUUCCUCCCCAGCCUGCGCCGGAGCCACAACUUUCAGGAGCAUGGACUGAAGGCGCCCUCGCCCCAGCGCCCCUCUGAGAGCCUUCGUGGUUUCCUCCGUUUCCUCCGGCCGUUUCUAUUUUGGGGGGCUGCUCGCUCCUCCCGCCGCUCUCCUCCCCUUCCCCGCUCGCAAACAUGCCUCCUUCCUUCCCGGGGCCCUGGAAGGAGCUGCCUGCCUGAAGCCGGGAGACACCGCGCCGCGCUCAGCCCCGCCGCCGCCCGCCGGCUCUCGGGCUGCGCGGCGACUCAACUUGGGGAUCCUUGGCCGCUCGCUGCCGCCGCCGCCUGCGGUCCCUGCCUGCCCCGCGCCCCGGGCUUCGCGGCCGCCUACCGCCUCUUCGUCCUGCUCGCGGCUCGCUCCUUUUUCAACGGAACGCAACCUUUCUCCUCCGAGAGGAUCAUCUCCAGCGUGACUUCGCGUUCCCGGUCACUUUUUUGAGAGGAAAAAAAAAAUUUUUUUUUUUUCCGGAGUCGCUGGGUUGCUUCCCGGAUUCCAGGGAGACUCGGGUCGCCGAACGAGGGGGCCCGUGGAGCAGGAGAACCGGAGAAGCGCCCAGGCUUAGGGGAGGCUUGUACAGAAGCAAGAACUUAUUCAACAAGUUUACCCCCCCUGCUUUCCUCUUUUCGAUGUGCGUUUUCGGACAUGCGGAGGUUACUGGAACCGUGUUGGUGGAUUCUGUUCCUGAAAAUCACCAGUUCUGUGCUCCAUUAUGUCGUGUGCUUCCCGGCAUUGACUGAGGGCUACGUUGGGACCCUGCAUGAGAACAGACAGGGCAGCUCCGUGCAAAUCCGCAGGCGCAAGGCUUCCGGAGACCCAUACUGGGCCUACUCUGGUGCCUAUGGUCCCGAGCACUGGGUCACCUCUAGUGUCAGCUGCAGAGGCCAUCACCAGUCUCCUAUCGACAUCUCGGACCAGCAUGCACGUGUCGGGGAGGAAUACCAGGAGCUGCAGCUUGAUGGCUUUGACAAUGAGUCCUCUAACAAAACCUGGAUGAAAAACACAGGGAAAACAGUCGCCAUUCUUCUGAAGGAUGACUAUUUUGUCAGUGGCGCAGGCCUGCCUGGCAGAUUCAAAGCCGAGAAGGUGGAAUUCCACUGGGGUCACAGCAAUGGCUCAGCUGGCUCCGAACACAGUAUCAACGGCCGGAGGUUUCCCGUUGAGAUGCAGAUUUUCUUUUACAAUCCAGACGACUUUGACAGCUUUCAGACUGCCAUUUCAGAGAAUAGAAUAAUUGGAGCCAUGGCCAUAUUUUUUCAAGUCAGUCCGAGGGACAAUUCCGCGCUGGAUCCUAUUAUCCACGGGUUGAAGGGUGUCGUACAUCAUGAGAAAGAGACCUUCCUGGAUCCCUUUGUCCUCCGAGACCUCCUGCCUUCAUCCCUGGGCAGCUAUUAUCGAUACACAGGGUCUUUGACCACACCCCCGUGUAGUGAAAUCGUGGAAUGGAUCGUCUUCCGGAAGCCCGUCCCCAUCUCCUACCAUCAGCUCGAGGCAUUCUAUUCCAUCUUUACCACGGAGCAGCAAGAUCACGUCAAGUCAGUGGAGUACCUGAGAAAUAACUUCCGACCACAGCAGGCUCUCAAUGACCGGGUGGUAUCCAAGUCAGCAGUCCGUGAUGCCUGGAACCACGACAUGGCAGACUUCCUGGACAACCCUUUUGGGACAGAAGCUUCUAAAGUCUGCAGCUCCCCGCCCGUGCACAUGAAGGUGCAGCCACUGAACCAGACGGCACUGCAGGUGUCCUGGAGCCAGCCGGAGACCAUCUACCACCCUCCCAUCAUGAACUACGUCAUCUCCUACAGCUGGACCAAGAAUGAGGACGAGAAGGAGAAGACGUUUACCAAGGACAGUGACAAAGACUUGAAAGCCACCAUCAGCCACGUCUCACCUGAUAGCCUCUACCUGUUCCGGGUCCAGGCCGUGUGCCGGAAUGACAUGCGCAGUGACUUCAGCCAGACGAUGCUCUUUCAAGCUAACACCACUCGAAUAUUCCAAGGGACCAGAAUUGUGAAAACAGGAGUGCCCACAGCCUCACCUGCCUCUUCCGCGGACAUGGCACCCAUCAGCUCGGGCUCCUCCACCUGGACCUCCUCUGGCAUCCCCUUCUCCUUUGUUUCCAUGGCGACUGGGAUGGGCCCUUCCUCCAGCGGCAGCCAGGCCACCGUGGCAUCGGUGGUCACCAGCACGCUCCUGGCCGGCCUGGGCUUCAGCGGUGGUGGCAUCUCUUCAUUCCCCAGCUCCGUGUGGCCCACGCGCCUCCCGACAGCCGGGGCAGCCGCAGGGGCCAGCAAACAGGCUGGCAGACCUGUCCUGGCCACGACGGAGGCCUUGGUUUCCCCGGGUCCCGAUGGUGACUCGGCACCGACCAAGGAUGGCGAGGGUACAGAGGAGGGGGAGAAGGAUGACAAGAGCGAGGGCGAAGAGGGAGAACACGAGGAGGAAAGCGAGAAGGACUCGGAAAAGAAAGAGAAGAGCGCGGUGACCCAUGCGUCUCGGGAAGGGAAUGAGACGGAGGCCAGCCCCACUGACGUGGCUCCGGGAAGGACUGGGGAGCAGGGCGGCCAUCAGACUAUACCUGGGCACGGACAGGACCACGCUGCCAUCGCCACGGAGCAGCCAGGCACCGCGCAGGACGUAGCCCCAGACCUGGAAUCAGACAUGGUCACCUCCACCCAGGAGUCCCCCACAGCCACAGAGGAGCAACCCUGGAGUGGCCCAGAGAUGCCAUCUAAGAAGCCCAUGUCCCGAGGGGACCGUUUUUCUGAGGACAGCAGAUUUAUAACCGUCAACCCAGCAGAAAAGAACAGCUCUGGAAUGAUAAGCCGCCCUUCUCCAGGGAGGAUGGAGUGGAUCAUCCCUUUGAUCGUGGUAUCAGCCUUGACCUUCGUGUGCCUCAUCCUUCUCAUUGCUGUGCUAGUUUACUGGAGAGGGUGUAACAAAGUAAAGUCCAAGGGCUUUCCCAGACGUUUCCGUGAAGUGCCUUCUUGGGAGAGAGGAGAGAAGGGGAGCAGAAAAUGUUUCCAGACAGCUCAUUUCUACGUGGAAGACAGCAGCUCACCACGGGUAGUCCCCAACGAGAGUAUCCCUAUCAUUGCCAUUCCGGAUGACAUGGAAGCCAUUCCUGUCAAACAGUUUGUGAAACACGUUGGUGAGCUCUAUUCUAAUAACCAGCACGGGUUCUCCGAGGAUUUUGAGGAAGUGCAGCGCUGUACGGCCGACAUGAACAUCACUGCGGAACAUUCCAACCAUCCGGAUAACAAGCACAAAAACCGCUACAUCAACAUUUUAGCAUACGAUCACAGCAGAGUGAAGUUAAGACCUCUACCAGGGAAGGACUCGAAGCACAGUGACUACAUCAACGCCAACUACGUCGAUGGUUACAACAAAGCGAAAGCCUACAUUGCUACCCAGGGACCUUUAAAGUCUACGUUUGAAGAUUUCUGGAGGAUGAUUUGGGAGCAAAACACCGGAAUCAUCAUCAUGAUUACAAACCUUGUGGAAAAAGGAAGACGAAAAUGUGACCAAUACUGGCCAACGGAGAACAGUGAGGAGUACGGGAACAUUAUCGUCACACUGAAGAGCACAAAAGUACACGCCUGCUAUACUGUUCGUCGUUUCUCCAUCAGAAACACGAAAAUGAAAAAGGGUCAGAAGGGCAAUCCCAAGGGCCGCCAGAACGAGAGGGUCGUGAUCCAGUAUCACUACACUCAGUGGCCUGACAUGGGGGUUCCCGAGUAUGCCCUCCCGGUCCUGACUUUCGUGAGGAGGUCCUCUGCAGCGCGGAUGCCAGACAUGGGGCCAGUGCUGGUACACUGCAGUGCCGGCGUUGGCAGGACAGGUACCUACAUUGUAAUAGACAGCAUGCUGCAACAGAUCAAAGACAAAAGCACAGUCAACGUCCUGGGAUUCCUGAAGCAUAUCAGGACGCAGCGCAACUACCUCGUGCAGACGGAGGAGCAGUACAUCUUCAUCCAUGAUGCCUUGCUGGAAGCCAUUCUGGGAAAGGAGACUGAAGUGUCCUCCAGUCAGCUGCACAGCUAUGUCAACAGCAUCCUUAUACCAGGAGUAGGAGGAAAAACAAGACUGGAGAAGCAAUUUAAGCUCGUCACACAAUGUAACGCCAAGUACGUGGAAUGCUUUAGUGCCCAGAAAGAGUGUAACAAAGAGAAGAACAGAAACUCUUCAGUCGUGCCAUCUGAGCGUGCUCGAGUGGGUCUCGCGCCGGUGCCUGGAAUGAAAGGAACAGAUUAUAUUAAUGCUUCUUACAUCAUGGGCUAUUACAGGAGCAAUGAAUUUAUUAUAACCCAGCAUCCUUUGCCACAUACUACGAAAGAUUUCUGGCGGAUGAUCUGGGAUCAUAACGCACAGAUCAUUGUCAUGCUGCCAGACAACCAGAGCCUGGCAGAAGAUGAGUUUGUGUACUGGCCCAGUCGAGAGGAAUCCAUGAACUGCGAGGCCUUUACCGUCACCCUUAUCAGCAAAGACAGACUGUGCCUCUCUAACGAAGAGCAAAUCAUCAUCCAUGACUUCAUCCUUGAAGCUACACAGGAUGACUACGUCCUAGAAGUUCGACACUUCCAGUGUCCCAAAUGGCCAAAUCCAGAUGCCCCCAUAAGCAGUACCUUUGAACUGAUCAACGUUAUCAAGGAAGAGGCCUUAACACGGGAUGGCCCCACCAUUGUUCAUGACGAGUACGGAGCAGUUUCAGCAGGAAUGUUAUGUGCCCUUACCACCCUAUCCCAGCAACUGGAGAAUGAAAACGCUGUGGAUGUUUUCCAGGUUGCAAAAAUGAUCAAUCUUAUGAGGCCUGGUGUAUUCACAGACAUUGAACAAUACCAGUUUGUCUAUAAGGCUAUGCUCAGCUUGGUCAGCACGAAAGAAAAUGGAAACGGUCCCAUGACAGUGGACACAAAUGGUGCUGUUCUAAUUGCCGAUGAGUCAGACCCUGCGGAGAGCAUGGAGUCUCUGGUGUGACUGCAAUCCUGAGAGGGCACUGAAUUUGUAAACUUCUUGAAGACUGAGAACUUUUUUGAGGCCUUUUUUGCCAGACUCUAGGUUAUACAAUAACACAGUUACUUUUUUACACUGAUAAAAGUUUUGAUAUUUAUUUUUUGCCAUUUUAUGUCUUAAUGGUAUCCUACUGAGCAUUUGCACCUCUGUUCAUUUCACACAGUGAAACGCAGUUUUACCUAGUUUGCACUAUCUGAUCAGUGUUACUGCCUAUAAUCUAAUACUAAAGCAAACCCUGACGUGACAUUCCAUAACACAUGCUACUUUUUUCGUUCAGUACAGUGCAGGUCUUUGUCCUGACAGUGAUUCUUGCUUUUACUUUUUUAUUGCUCAAGCAGUUGCAUUUUACUAGCAGGCAUUGCUCGACUGUCCUGAGUUGUCCUCUCCUGGUGUUAUUUUUUUCCCUAGGCACUGCUCAAUACCGUAUGCCAUCUGUAAUUGCAAGGAGUGGAUGUGAAUUUACUUUUGCAGAAUAGCAUGCUAUUGAGUGCUACACGGAAGGUUGAGUAGGUCAUGGCCUUGAAUACAAUUCCACUGAUGAUGGCUAAGAGAUCAAAAUCAGGAGGCCUCACAGUUGCUUCAGAACAACAUUUCCUAUUAAGUUACAAAGUUAUUCGAAGCUUAAAAAGUUGUGUCAAAAUAAAGGAUCUCUCUGUAUUACAGCUUUCACAGUAGCUAUGUGGACAGUGUGUUAUUUCCAUUUCGAUUCUGAGGUAGCUGCACCCCAAGUUCAGGGCUAUCUAACAACAGAGAUGGGAAUAUCUGACACAGGUGGAAGAUCUUCCUUUACUCUUCACUAAUGUUUCUUGGUUUAUCAUACCACACGUCAUGACAGGAAGAAUGAACAUUUUUGGUGUAUAGUUUUUGAACUAGUCCUUUUAGAAGUUCCCUAUUACUCACACAGAAGUCUAAUAAAAAACUACCUAUAUAGUCAACAUUCUUUUCUUUCCUUUUUGCCAAAUGUUUGAUAAUAAAUUUCUUGAUUUUACACACCCUUACUAUUUAAUUGGAUAAACACUGUAUUAUUAAAACUUUGGGACUAUCUAAAACUACCACACAUGGCAAAUCUAAUUUGGAGGGAGGAAACCAGAAUUAUGCAAAACAGGUGUUAUCUACAUGUUCAGGUAGUAUCGAAGAGACAUUUUCGUUUGGUUCUGUGUAAUUCAGGCUCAAGAACAGCUACCCUUCAGGAAAAGCAGCCUGUAAUCAUUAGAAGCCAGAGAAGUUCUCUGCAUCACCUUCCGGAGCUAUGUUCAUACUGCAGUGCCCACUAGAAAAAUUAGAAACAUUGGCAAGAAAUAUCAGCAGAGUCUGUUAGAAAAAUAAUCUACUUACCCUGACUCAUUUCUUCCACUGUAUGUCUGCUUCUGAGAGAUGGCUUCUGUCAGAACUGAAAUGAGCCCCAGAACUGGGCCUGCAAAGAACAACAGAAUUUUACUCAUUUUAAAAUGCCUUUUAUGGCUGUAACCUUCAACAAAGAGGCCACAGUAGCUGCUACAAAACUGUCUGGGUAGGCAUGUAAGCAUGAGUCACCAUGAGCAUGGACGCUUUAUUAUACUGAGCUGGAGGACCCAGAGAGAGUCUACAGGCCAAGUCCAAGGGUUUAUGUGCAUAGGCCAAGUCAACAGAGAUUUGGAGAACUGCCUAACAGACCAGGUUAAGCUCAUCUGUUCAUCACAUUAAGUUCAACAAAAGAGCCCUCAUUUCAAAACAGACAAACGCUUGGUGUUUGGCGUCUGCUGUUAGUUGUGCUAGACGACAGGGAUACCUUUUCAAGCCUUCGGGUUUCAGCAGAGGUGCCACACGAAGCUCCAUCCCCCGCAGCUAAGCCUGAACCUCACGGCUGCUACAAGGCUCACAGGUAGCAGGAUGAAGGCCAGAGUUGUAGUUGUUAGCCAAGUAAGUGAAUUCAGCUGUACAGAGUAUGGGUUUGAGCACUCUUUCCAGUCGAGGGCCCAGUGGGAUCGACAUAGGGAAAGAUUAAGUUGGAGAUCCACUGGUCACUCUAGUUUUUCUUCAUGAAAGUAUAUAGCGGUUGGAAGACAGGUUUCAAGCACUCCCUUCUGGAUUCAGUUCAUAGAGGUGUAUACCGUCCAACACAAUUCUGUGAUGCUUAAGGGUGUCAGAAUCAGGAUAAAGGAAACAGCCAGCCAGUAAAGUGGAAAACACAUUGUCAAGAUGGCUAAGGAGCUCCCUGUGAGCUCUUUUCAUGCUGACAGCAGGCUUGAACCAGUUUCCAUAUCCUGACCCCACUAACCUGCAAGAAGUCGCUAAUUUGCCCACCUUGCCAAAGGAAUCCAAACGCAUUUCAAUGAAGUCAGCUGUACCUCUGCCUUACUUUCACCAGUGUUUCCAAUUAUUAGUCAUUUAUUAUUCACAAAAAUGUAUCUUUCCAUAGGCAAAACAUUUCAAAGACAAUACUGUCUUUGAGACAUAAGCACACUGCUUAAUAACAAGGGUAUUGGCGCUUGUACUUAGGGGGAAAGGAAAUAGCUACUGCAAAUUAAUGUGUACUAUCUAUAAGCUACAGUGUGUGUGUGUGUGUGUGUGUGUGUGUAUUUGCGUGUGUCUGUAAAUAUAGCUCCAGACAAGCAAAAUGCACGCAUCAUAAACCUGAACUGAAAUAGGACAGAGUAGUCAGUCAUGCUGGACAUCAGAGAAGACGCACUUGUUGCCAUCAAGGGAACUCAUUCUUGCAUCCGAUAGCCAUAGCCGUGAUGCUUAAAAAUGUCAACAAACAGAUCUGAAGUAAGGGCAGUUUAUUUGAUUUUUCCUGAUUUUUAUGCUUUAUAGUUUCAAAGCCCAUUUAAAGUAAAAAAAAAAAAAAAGUCUAACAAAGUUGAAGAAGGUGUUCAAGGUCAGGCUGUUGGGAGGUUUUUAGCCCAGAGUCACAUACUGCAAUCAAUAAAUAACCUUAAUUAUUUUAUAGGGACACAGCACAACUGCCUUGUUAUGACUUUUUUAAUGCAUAUAUAUUGUAUUUAAAACUAAAACGCAGAUACCAAUUUACCAAAGAUACAUAUUACUAAUUCUAAGCAAAAAAAAAAAAAAACCUUAAAAAAAAUCAUAAUUUCAGAAAAAGUAAUCGAACAGACUUCAGUGGUUGUUACGGAAAAUGCGUUUUCAACUCCUAUAUUCUGAAAGUUAUGUUCAAAUGGUGCCAGUGAAUUUUUAUAUGAAGGGAAAAUGCCUGCUCUUUUUUUUUUUUAACAGCUCUAAUUUCACUUAACCCUUUGCACUUCCCCUUUGUUGUCAUUUAACAUACACAACAGUGGCUUUUCUUAUCUCUAGAAAGAAGGCAUACUACAAUUAGAAAGGAAUUGUAAUAAUGAUAUUUGGCCACUACUUUUGUCUUAGCUGUUAAACUGUUUUUAGUAUUUUUGUUAAAUAUUUGCAAAGGGAAGCAUUUUUCUACAGAGGAUAAUUAAUUUCAAGAAAAAAAAAUAUCUUGAGUUUUAAGAAAUAAACAUCUCCAAAAAAGGAGACAGACAAUUUUAUAAAACGUCGCAACUCUCCAACAUUUGGGGUAGUGACUCCUUUUCUGGUAAGGCAUUUAAAACUAGCAAGCAGCCAUCGUUUCUAAAGAACCCAGCCUUCGUGUUGACUCAUAUUGCUUUGACUUCAUUGUAAAAUUCCUAAAAAUCAUUAAAAUUGUAAAUAUUUUGUUGCUUGGGUAAACAUCUUCUGGGAACUUUGUAUCUAUGGUAUAAAAUCAUAGAAUUUUAUAUUUUCAUAUAAAGCUAAUUUUUUUCUAGUUUCAACUCUGUCAUAGUUUUUUUUUUUCCAUUUUGGUGGUGAAUAUGUGAGUUCAAAUUUCUGUGUAUUGAAGUAGCAAGAACCAUCUUUGCAUUCCAAAAAGAAUCCAACAUGUGUUAUUUCUUUGAGGCAGUGAUUGUGAAAGUUGGGUUUCCCAUUUUGAUUAAAUUAUCACUUGUGCAAUAGGAAUUACAUAAUUAGUCACUGAAUACAUUUGUUGCAUUGACCCACAUGGAAAAAGUGAUUUUUUUUUAUUUGUUUCAACAGGGGGAGGGGUUUUAUAACCUGAAUUUUUUCCCUUUUUUCUUCUGUUUAAGACUAUAUCAAAUCAUUCUAUUAUAGUGUUAUUUAAUAUGUAAAUUGUAUUGGUAUACAUAAAAUAAAGUAUGGUUUUUGA